AUGGGGGAGGUUGUCCCCCUACGCAACAGCACUCCCGGUGGUAGAUCCACCGCUGCCCAGGCAGCCCAUGCAGCAGACUCCGCCACAGUCUCAACAGCCCAAGCAGGGCCCCUGAAGGCUUGCGGCCUCAGACCCACCCUUUCACACAACACCAGCUGGAAUAUUGGUGCAACUGUACCACGGACACUUGGGUGCUCAUCACUGUACACACUUCCGGUUAGAUGCGGGUCCUCCUCCAUGAGCGACCAUCUCCAGGUCUCGGCCCUGAAACAAGAAGUUGCUGCAUUACUUCUGAAUCAAGCCACCCGCCUCAUAGAAUCCAUCUCCCAAAAGAAGGGGUUCUAUUCAAGUUUGCACUGUCUUAGUGAAGAUAGAUUUUGUGCGACCAAUCAGGUUGUAAGCACUGUGGUGAGCAAAUUUCCGAGCGUCAUUAGCAACUGUGAACUCUUACCAAAAUGUCAGCAAUUAGGAUGUCAGUAUGGCUGUGUCAUGUCGAGAAAUGGAACAUUUUGCUACUGUGGAGAUGGCUUUGAAGUAGCUGAAGAUGGCCAUAGUUGCACAGAGCCCACAGAUGGACCUCCGGUGCUCUUUAUUGUUAGCUCGGAAAGUAUUGCAGUAACAUAUCUUAAUGGAACCACAGUACCAACACAAAACUCAUUGCACAUCAGUGGGACUCUUACAUUGGACUUCAAUUAUGAUGAAGAAUCAGUUUGUUGGGUUACGGCUGUUGAAUCUACAAGUCAAUUACAGUGUGCCAAGAUGACAAAGUUAAAAGGUUUUUCAGAAGAACGAGAAAUCAGAACAGCACAAAAACUUCAUAGGAACCAGGACUACGAUGUGGAACAAAUGGCCAUUGACUGGCUAAGUGGCAAUUUUUACUUUGUGGAUCGGAUCAGUGACCGAAUAUUUGUAUGUAAUCAAAAUGAAGACGCUUGCGUCACUCUCAUUGAUCAUGACCUUCAUAACCCAAAAGGAAUUGCUCUCGAUCCACUCGUGGGCUGCGCCAGUUCACUGGGCGUCGACGCCCUAGAGCACGAAUGGCCCAAAGAGCUUUUGUACGCUUUUCCGCCUAUACCGCUGCUCCCUGCCUUCCUCGAGAAGGUUCGGAGAGAUGAAGCAACUGUUCUCCUGGUGGCCUCCAGAAAGCUAUUCUUCACUGAUUAUGGAAAUGCAGCCAAGGUGGAGAGAUGCAACAUGGAUGGAACAAAUAGGAUGAGAAUAGUGGAUUUUAAGACUGAACAACCUACUGCAGUCGCCUUGGAUUUAGUGAAAAAGUUGGUGUAUUGGGCAGAUGUUUAUCUGGACUACAUUGAAGUGGUGGAUUAUAAUGGAAAAAACAGGCACACAGUUAUUCAAGGGGAAAAUGUGAAAUAUCUGUAUGGAUUAACAGUCUUUGAAGAUUACUUAUAUGCAAGCAGUUGCGAUAUCAGUAGAGGCAGUAAGGUUGACAUCUUAAAGAUAAACAGAUUUAACAGCACGGUUCUCCAGAAUUUAACCACUGUGGAAAAUGCAAGAUCCAUUCAUGUCUAUCACAAACUAACUCAGCCAACAGAACCCAAGACUGAGCUGUUCCUUUUUUAUGGGAAGGGGCGACCAGGCAUUAUCCGUGGAAUGGACAUAAGUACUAAAUCAUCUGAUGAAUACAUGAUACAGAUAGAAAAUCUUGUGAAUCCACGGGCCCUCGAUUUUCAUGCUGAGACAAACUACAUCUACUUUGCUGACACCACCAGCUUUUUAAUCGGAAGACAGAAAAUCAAUGGCACUGGACGAGAAACAAUCUUAAAAGAUGAUCUUGACAAUGUGGAAGGAAUUUCAGUGGACUGGAUUGGAAAUAAUCUGUACUGGACAAAUGAUGGACAUAGAAAAACAAUCAAUGUUGCCAGAUUGGAGAAGGCAUCUCAAACCAGGAAGACGCUGUUGGAAGGAGAUAUGUCCCAUCCAAGAGGCAUUGUGGUCGACCCACUAAAUGGUUGGAUGUACUGGACUGACUGGGAAGAAGACGAAGUCAAUGACAGUGUUGGGAGAAUUGAAAAAGCAUGGAUGGAUGGUUCCAAUCGGCAGAACUUUGUGACUUCAAAGAUGUUGUGGCCCAAUGGUUUAGCCCUUGAUUACGUGAACAACAAACUGUACUGGUGUGAUGCCUACUAUGAUCACAUUGAGCAGAUUUUUCUAAAUGGCACAAAAAGAAUGGUGGUGUACAAUGGGAAAGAACUGAACCAUCCGUUUGGAAUAGCACAUUACCAUAAUUAUAUUUUCUGGACCGAUUAUAUGAAUGGUUCAAUUUUCCAACUGGACCUGUUGACCAAAAACGUGACUCUUUUAAGAAGUGAAAGACCCCCACUCUUUGUUCUACGGGUCUAUGAUGCACAAAAUCAGCAAGGUGACAAUGCUUGUCGUGUUAACUAUGGAGGCUGUAGUACUCUGUGUUUGGCCAUUCCUGGAGGCAGGGUUUGUGCCUGUGCUGAUAACCAGCACAUGGAGCAAAACAAUGUGACCUGUUCAAUUACUUCAGGGGAAGUCUUGCCUCAGCUAUGUAAAAGUCACGAAUUUCAGUGUAAGAACAAAAGAUGUAUUCAAGCAAGCUGGAAAUGCGAUGGAGAUGAUGACUGUUUGGAUGGCAGUGAUGAAGGACUUGAGACCUGCUGUAUGUUGUUUUCCCAUCUAUCCUCAUCUAGACACUAAAUACAAUUUUAACAGAUUCCCUUUCUAGU